AUAAGCACUCUCUUCACCGUCAGCAGGCAGAACACAGGCAGCAUUGACUGUGAGUUACGGGAAAGAUGGCCUUAUAUUAUAUUUUAUUUAUUUUAGUCUGUCUGCAUGUUCACAGCGCAAGAAGCAGUCCCGUUUCUACAGAGAUAAACUGUGUAAGCGGCACUGGAAGUGAUUUCAAUAUAGGCAGCAUUUUGGAGGGAUAUGAAGGAGAUAUAGAGGUAAUUUCUAAUAUCAGGCCUGAAGAUCGGCUGAAACUGGAGUCACAUCGAUUUCCUGUCGGUGUGGAAUUUCUGGAGCUGGUUUAUUCUGAUGGAGAAUCGACCGCUACUGUACGGACAACUAAACCACUGGACGCUGAUGAAAUAAAGCAGUAUGGAGGGAAUUUGUAUUAUUCAGUCACCUGCCAAAACACACUGAUGAGAAACAACAGAGUACUUUUAGUUGAGGACAUCAAUGACAACCCUCCGAUCUUCGAGAGCAAAACAUACAAUACCGCAAUUUCAGAAACAACGCCUGUGGGUUCAGAUGUGAUCAGGGUAAUAGCUAAUGAUGCAGAUGCUUCUCCAGAAAACAACAGAAUUUCAUAUUCUAUACUGCCUCCAGCACCAGCUGACUUUGAAAUGAGAAAUGACGGAAACAUCAGAUUAUUGAAUCCCCUGAACUACAACAACUUUCAGCAGUACGCCUUCACCGUGGAAGCUCAAGAUUCAGGAGGACUCAGUGACACCACAACCGUUACAAUAACCAUUGAAGACUAUGACAAUCUAAACCCUUAUUUUGAUCACAGUCUCUACAAGGCAACCAUUGAGGAAAAUCAGAUCGGACAUUUUUCAGACGUCACUCCUGAGGCUAUAAAAGCUCAAGAUGGCGACACAGGCAUCAACACGCCUGUAGUUUACAGCCUAACAACAGUUCUUCCAAACGAAUAUCAGAGCAACUUUGAUAUCAACCCAAACAGUGGAGUCAUUUCUGUGGCAAAAGCACUGGACAGAGAGGAGAUUGACCAGAUAACCCUGUACAUACAGGCAGCUCAGCAGGAUGAUGCCAGUAAGACGGCCAAUGCAGUGGUAUCUGUUAUUAUUGAGGAUGUGGAUGACAACUCACCUAAAUUUGACCAGGAUGAGUACAUCAUAUCUAUUCCAGAAAAUUCUCCUAAGGACCAGUUUGUGCUUCAGACAAUAGUCACUGACCUCGACCUGGGAGGAUUUGUGGGAACGUUACGAAUCAUUCCAGACUCUGUCCCAUUUUCCAUUAAUCCUGAUGGAAGAAUUCUGGUGAAAAGUUCUGAAGAUCUAGACAGAGAGACUACAGCCAGCUUCAGCUUUCAAGUUGAAGCACAAGAAAACCCUCCUUCCACCAACAAAGAAACAGCAGAUGUGACCAUUUUCUUGCUGGACGAGAACGACAACAGUCCACAGUUUACAGAUUCAGAAUAUGAGGGCAAAGUUUACGCCGACCAGACUGUUGGAAUGGAGGUUGUCAAGGUUGAAGCAACAGACCUGGAUGAAGGUCCAAAUGCAGAAAUCAGUUAUUUCAUUGAGUUUGGAAAUGAAAAAGGCUUUUUUGGCCUUAAUGAGAAAGAUGGGGCGAUUACUCUAGUACAACUAAUCCCAUUGGUGGAAAAUGAAAUCCUUGAGUUUGCACUCUACAUCACUGCAAGAGAUGGAGGCGCUAUAAGCAGGUCAACCCCUGCAAUGGUGCAUAUCAAGGCACCCGGAGAUUCUCAUCCUCAAUUCCUUCAGAAGACCUACCAGGGACAAGUAGAGGAAAAUCGAGAAGAUGCAGAGAUUGUGAAGGUUGACUUCCUAUCUAUUGAUCCUAUUGUACUAGUUACCUUAACAGUUGAGACUGAAGGUGACAAAUUUUCCAUAAACAAAGAUACAAGAGUUCUGUAUACCAAAGUCAAACUAGACUUUGAGGAGAAGAGCAGCUACACUGUGUUGCUUUCAAUAUCGGAUGGGACCAACCGGGAUGAGGCAUCCGUCCUGGUUGAAGUGCUGGACAUCAAUGACAACAGUCCAGAGUUUGAAGAUCACCCGCCUACUGUCUCCGUUUCAGAGAAUCACAUUGUUGGGGAAGAUGUAGCAUCAGUAAAAGCUACAGACGCAGAUGCAGGAUUUAAUGCUGAAGUCCAGUACACUCUCCUGGGAGGUGCUGGGAGGUUUAAUAUUGAUCAAGAAACAGGAGUGAUAACUCUAGCAGCUCCUCUGGACAGAGAAACCCAAGACGAGUAUCAUUUAGUGAUCACCGCCCAAGAUCAGGGUCGUCCAUCACUUUCCACCACCACUGAUCUGGGCAUCACCGUGACUGACAUCAACGACAAUUCUCCCAUAUUUUCCAAACAGCAGUAUGAGACCACAGUGUUCGAGGAUGCUGAAGUAGGAGCAGACGUGGUAGUCGUCAUGGCAACAGAUAAAGAUGAUGGUCUAAAUGCUGUUGUGAGCUAUCACAUUGUCAAUCAGCAGCCACCUUCAGACACGCCUGUAUUCAACAUUGAUUCUGAUUCUGGUUCUAUAACCCUAGCUGAAAAGUUGGAUUAUGGUAAAGCCAAGCGGUAUACUCUAGAUGUAGAGGGACGAGAUGGAGGAAGCCCUUCUCUUACAGGCAGUGCUGUUGUUAUAGUGUGGGUGGAGGAUGUGAAUGAUAAACCUCCUGUGUUCAGUAAGGACGAGUAUGAUGUGUCCGUCUAUGAAAACCUUGUGGGUGGAACUGCUCUGGUAUCUCUGGAGGUUACAGAUGAGGACAAGGAUGGGUUCUCUAAGGGUCACUUUAUUAUGGAUGCCGAUUACUUCGUUAUCAAUAGUCAAGGAGUUAUAUCACUCGGAAGAGAUGCCACCUUGGAUAGAGAAACUAAUGACCAUUACACACUGGAGGUAAUCGCCGUAGACCAGCUUGUCGAUGGUUUAAGCUCCACAGCUCAGGUCAUCAUCACUGUCCUGGACAUCAACGACAACAACCCACAAUUCCUUCCUCUGCCAGAGCCCAUUGAGAUUCAGGAAGGCAAAUACACUCAGUCAUCACCUGGGGAGGUGUGCAAAAUUUCAGCCACAGAUGCUGAUAUUGGAGAUAAUGGACUUGUCACCUUCUUUACUUCUUCUUACAGCAAAUUCUUCAGUUGCAGUGAUGAUGGGACUCUACAAGCUAUCAGUGAGUUAGAUCGGGAGAAGCAAGAUGUCUAUGAUGUGGUCAUCACUGCUGUGGAUCAUGGGAUACCACAGUUAAAUAAUAUGACCACAGUGAGAGUCAGCAUCACAGAUGUCAAUGACAAUGCUCCAGUCUUCAGCUCAGAGACUUACAGCAGAAGUAUUCUGAUUAGAGACGCAAAGGUUGGAGAGCUGCUGCUGACAGUCUCUGCCACAGAUAGAGAUGCUGGAGACAAUGCACUUAUUACCUACAGUUUCUCUGAAGUCUCUUCCGUGGUUGAACUGGAUGCUGAAACAGGAGACAUCACUUUGACCUCUGACCUUAGUGAAGUCACAGAAGACACACUGCUAACCCUUAGUGUUAUAGCAACAGAUCAUGGAACACCACCACUAUCUGAUGAAGCUGAAGUCUUGAUCCACUUCAAAAUUGCUUCUCUCACUGAGAGUGUGUCUUUUGAAAGUUCCUCCUACGACUUUGCAAUCAAGGAGAAUGAACCCGAGUCCACAAUAAUAGGCACAGUCAAGGCAUUAACAGGGAGUCCACUCGUUACAGUCAACUAUAACAUGAAGUCACAUGAGGACGUCUUCUCUGUGGAUGCUGAGGGAACCAUAAAAGCUCUAAAAUCACUUAACAAGGAGGACGUGGAGUGGUACAUCCUCACCGUAGAGGCUAUAGACUCCAGAACUCCUCCAAAUACUGCAGAGACAACGGUCAGUGUUCAGGUUGAGAAUGUGAAUGAGGCUCCUGAGUUUGAUGCUGAAAAAUAUACCGCUGAAAUUUUCAAUAUUGCUCCAUACAAAUUCCCUAUAGUGAAAGUCCAGGCAACAGACCCUGAUGUGGACGAGAGCUCGAAACUGCAGUAUUCGCUGGUGAAGCCCACUACUGUGGUGGAUGUUGAAACAAGCACCGGUCAGCUCUACGUUCUGGAUGCGUCCAGCAUUGUAGACCCUCUGGUCACCUAUGAGGUUAAAGCCACUGAUAAACAUGGACUUUUUACGACAACAACAGUAGAGAUCACAGUGAAAAAAAGUGCAAGUGACAACGUUGUGGUCAUCUCCUUAAACCAGCCUGUGUUCACUGUGGAGAAGAUGAUAGCGGAAAUUGAAGAUUCCAUGAAGACAACUUUAGGCUGGACUGUAAAAAUCCUCAGUGUGACAGCUGAGGGUGGGAAUGAGAUGCGCACCAUUUCUCGAGAGUCUACAGCCAAAACUCACAUCAGAUUUAUUGCAAUGGACUCCAGUGGCGGCAUCAUCGAAGCAGAGAAGAUCAAAGAGAAACUGAAGAGCAGUCUCGACCAAUUGACUGUGGAGUUGGAGAAAGUGUUUGGAUCUGAUGUGCAAAUCACAGUGGAGGAAGGUUCUGGAGGGUCAGGAGGUCCCGGAGCCUCAAAUGAUGUAACCGUCAUCGCUCUCGGUGUCCUGCUGGGGCUGAGCUUUGUGGCAUUUAUCACAAUGAUGUCCGUCUAUAUCGUUAGGGUAAAGAAAAUGAAGAAAGACACCGAUUCUGACCGCGAGAGCUUCAAUAUCGGAAAACACUAUAAGCCUAGUCUUGACAACAGUUUUAACUUUUCCAAUAAAAACGAAGCAGGCAAAGAGGUCAAGUUUAGCAACACUGAAAAUGACACAGAUACGAAAGGCAGAAGCAGCGUCUCUGCUUUCUGAAAGGAAAGAAAAACCCUGAUGCAUUAAAGCUCCUCAAGAGUUUGCAGAUGAACUGUGACAAGAAAAUUACGCCUCAUUCUUCAUCCUCCACUUGGUUCAAACCUCUGACUCUCUUUUUUCUGUUGAACACAAACAAAAUACUUAAAAUUGACUUCUAUUGUAUUUUUUGUUCCUACUAUAGAUGUCAACGGCUGCUUUUCCCCAACAUCGCUCAGAAUAUCUUGUCUUGUAAUCCAAUAAUGCAUUCCAACAAGAUAUAGUCAGAUUACCCAGUUCUUGUUAAAUAUUUCCACAAACAUAUUUAUAUUUUGAGUGAUGCAGCAUUAGUGAAUCAAGUGUGUUUGGAGUCUUAUAUAAUAUUUUUGGAACAGAGCAAAUACUCCAUCUUCUUUGUACUGAUGUUUUCCAUAUUCUUUGUACACUAAGCUGCCAUGCAUUGUAAUUAUUAACAUUUAUUGUCUUUUACAGACGUCCCAGAACCUGCUUACAGAUAACAGUAGGCUUUUGCACUUUAAACAUCUCAGAUAUGAUUGUGUAUCAAAACCGCAUCUGAAUUGUAUUUUUGAUGAUGUAAAUAUCCAUCAGAAUGAUUAAACUUUUUAAAAACGUUUCUUAA